AUGAGUCAAGUAGCCAGCUUAAGGUCAUACAAUCCUGUCUUGAAAAGAUUUUUUGAUAAGCUUCCUCGAUUUAGUUAUGGGAAAUCUCAAUUGAAAAACCCCGAGUCAUGCCAGUUAGUUCUUGAUAAAUUAAACAUCAAAUCUCAAUAUAAUUCAUCCAAAUUAGACAUCAUCGAUGCUACUCCGGGAUUUGGGUUAUUCUCUACCAUGCUUAACCAAGAGCUUAGACCAAGGAACCAUAUUUUGAUAGACAGGAAUGAUGAGACGGUGAAAAGCUGGCACAAAAAGAUACAGUCUCUUGAACAUAGUACUGGAAACAUUGAAAAUUUUAAAAUCAUUGAUCGUGAUCCGUUUGCGUGGGGAACGUAUCUGAGGCUAUACGAAAAGGACAUACUACCCCCCACAAACUAUAAGCCGUACGAUAAAUUGCACGAUGAAUUGUUAGUGUUGGCUAAUUGGACAGGAACUAAAGAUGAGUCGACUAUUGCUCAAUGGAUAAAAUGCUGCAGUCACCGCAAUUGGCUAAUGAAAUAUGGAAAAGUGAGAAUGAUUCUUUUUAUUCCAUCUGCGACAGCAAUGAAGUUUUUGAGUGAACCAGGGUUCAAAAAGAGAAACAGAACAGCAUUGAAAAGAGAUUUAUAUACGGAUUCGAGACUAAUUGCGAUUGGCGAAGAACUGGAGGUUAUUGGUCAGGGGUAUGAUCCACGCGUAUUGGUGCGCGACCAGCCAGUCGUUAUUGAAAAGUCGUCAUUUAUUAGAAAUUCCGAGGUUGCAAUUGUUGAACUACUCCCAGGGAGGUACACUAGUGAUGCUAUUUCAAGCAUUGAGCAUCUUUUACUGGCCUUCUUUGUGACUAACUAUACGUUGAGAGAGCAGUUGCCCAAACUUGCGGCGGGAGCAGAGUAUUUACGGAAACUACUUCCCGAUGAGGUGCUAGACAAGAAAGCAUUCGAGUUUUCCACUGGAGAUAUAAUAGCUAUUGCCGACGCCUAUGAGAAGUGGCCAUUUAAACCUACAAUUGAGGAGACAUUUGAUGUCGGAGAGGAGGAGCUGCAUUGA